AAUAAAUCAUCUCUGCAAGAUUCCCUCCAAGCCCAAAUUUAGACCUACGCGUGUUGGAUUUGAGAGCGCAAACACAGGCGAGAGUCGAGCCUCUUAACUGGCGAUGUUUCAAAUGUGAUUCAGCACGGCAAACAACGCUUUCCAUGGAGGAUCAAUCUGUCGCUUUUUCCGUGAGGGCUGAAUUUGGUUCCUGCUGGUCUCAAGACAUUUCAAGAUAAGAGGUCAAGCUCCCCUCUCUCGGAGAACACGAGUGCCAUUUCAAAGCUUAUUGGAUGAAAGUCUCAUUUGCCCUUGGCUGCCAAAGAUGACGUUGCCAUGGAAACAGCUUCUACUGUUAUCAAUCAUCGACUGUCUGGCAGAUUGUUUGGACAGUGGAUCGUACCAUGGUCCAAGAUGGAGGAUGGAGCCAGGUGACUUGUUCAUUCCUGUCGACUCCAUAGAAGAAGAAGCUACUCUGACCUGUGAUGCUAAGGGAACGCCAUCUCCUCAGUACAGAUGGUCAUUGAAUGGGACUCUCAUAAAUCUGGGCCUGGAUCGCCGGCGGCGUCUGUCUGGGGGCAACCUCAUUAUAAGCAGUCUGGACCGCUACCAGGAUGUAGGAAUGUACCAGUGCAUGGCGUUCAACACUGUAGGAGCGAUUCUCAGCAGGAGAGCCAGUCUGCAGUUUGCCUACUUAGAUCAUUUCAAAGUCCACACCAGAAGCGCAGUGUCAGUCCGUGAGGGACAAGGAGUGGUGUUACUUUGUGGAACGUCCACUUCCUCAGGAGACCUUACGUAUGCAUGGGUCUUCAAUGAGUACCCUUACUUUGUUCAACAAGACAAUCGGCGUUUCGUCUCCCAGCAGACGGGAAAUCUUUACAUCGCCAAGGUGGACCCCUCAGACGUGGGCAACUACACUUGUGUGGUGAUGAACAGCAUCACAAAGGGCAAGGUUCAGAGCUCACCUACAUCUCUGAUCCUCAGGACAGAUGGAGUGAUGGGCGAAUACGAGCCGAAAAUAGAAGUUAAUUUCCCAGACAAUGUACCCGCAUCAAAAGGAUCAACAGUUACGCUGGAAUGUUUCGCCCUUGGGAACCCUGUCCCAGAAAUCACCUGGAAGAGAGCUAACGGCGUUCCCUUCCCCAGCAAAGUCAAAAUGAAGUACUCUAAUGCCGUGCUGGAGAUACCCAGCUUCCAGCAGGAUGAUACAGGAGGAUACGAGUGUGUAGCUGAGAACAAGAUGGGCAAGAACAUAGCCACCGGUCGGCUGGCCUUCUAUGCCAAGCCUCAGUGGAUCCAGGCCACGAAGGACACGGCCCUGGCCAUAGAGGAGAGACUUUACUGGGACUGCCGAGCCAAUGGCAAGCCCAAGCCCGCCUACACGUGGCUGAAGAAUGGCCAACAGCUUCUCUCUGAGGACAGAAUCCAUGUGGAGGACGGCAUCCUGUCAGUGUCCGCGCUGACGCUAUCUGACGCCGGCAUGUACCAGUGUGUGGCUGAGAAUAAACAUGGCGUCAUAUAUUUCUCUGCUGAACUAAUGGUUUUAGCCUCUCCGCCAGACUUCACAGGAAACGUCCUCAGAGCUUUGCUCAAAGCCAAGGCAGGAACUACAGUGACUUUAGAGUGUAAACCCCAGGCCUAUCCCAUCGCCAGCAUCUUAUGGAAGAAAGGAAACCUCCCUAUCCACACCAACGACAGGAUCACACUCUCCCCAGAUGGAACAUUGAGGCUUGCCAACGUGAGCAAGUCUGAUGCAGGCAGCUAUACGUGCUUCGCGAGGAAUAGAUUUGGCAUGUCAAGUACAACAGGACGGCUCCUCGUUACCGAUCCAACCAGAAUCACCCAGGGGCCCGUGGACAUGGAGAUCAUAGUGGGCGAGAGCAUCGUGUUACCCUGUCAAGUCUCCAGUGACCCCGUCCUUGACGUUUCUUUCUCCUGGGCCUUCAACGGACAGCUGAUCGCCAAGGGAGAGGGUCACUUUGAGCUAGUGGGUGGGAGAACAGCAGGGGAUCUGAUGAUCAGGAACAUUCAGCUUUACCAUGCCGGAAAAUAUAUCUGUGUGGUGGACACGGACGUGGAGAGCCUGUCAGCCGUGGCUGUAUUGAUUGUCAAAGGCUCCCCCACCCCCCCAGACUCGGUGACGGUGGUGGAGGUGACAGACAGUACAGCCCAGCUGGCCUGGAGUCCCGGCAGAGACAACGGCAGCCCCAUCACCAAUUACCUCAUCCAGACCAGGACUCCCUUCACCGUGGGAUGGCAAAGGGUUAACACAGUCCCAGAGAUGAUCGAUGGAAGCACACUGACAGCCACUGUAGUGGACCUUAACGCCUGGGUGGAGUAUGAGUUUCGUGUUUUGGCCAAAAACAGUGUUGGGGUCGGAGAACCCAGCCCUGUGUCGGUCAAGACCAGGACAGAGGACGCAGUUCCUGACGCGGCGCCAGGUGACGUGGGUGGAGGAGGUGGGAGCAGAUCAGAACUGGUCAUCACAUGGGAGCCUGUCCCCGAAGAACUACAGAAUGGUGAGAGCUUUGGUUACAUCAUUGCUUUCCGUGCCUUUGGAGAAGUUAGCUGGACCCACGUGGCCACCUCGGCCCCCGGUGCCUCGCGCUACGUGUACCGCAACGAGAGCAUCGCGCCCUUCUCUCCAUUUCACGUCAAGGUUGGCACAUACAACAGCAAAGGGCAGGGUCCCUUCAGCGCCGUGGUCACCAUCUACUCUGCAGAGAUAGAGCCGAGCGGGGUGCCAGCAGGAGUUUGGGCCAGAAGUGUCUCCGCCUCUGAGAUUGAGGUGAAUUGGCAAGCUCUCUCCUUCACCCCUGAAAGGGUUCUGGGCUAUGAGGUGGCAUACUGGGAAGAUGACACCAAACCAGAGACCAUGGGGAAGGUCAGGGUGCCUUGGAACCAAACCUCGGUCACAGUGAGCGGCUUGGCAGGAAUCACGCAGUAUUUCCUCACAGUCAGCGCCUUCAACACAGCCGGCACCAGCCCCUUCCUACCAGCAAUCAAUGUCACCACAAAAAAGCCACCACCCGCCCUACCACCGCUGAAUGUGGAAUGGACUCUAAUCGGCUCUCAGCUGUCUCUUUACUGGGAACCUGUGGUGGCAAUGGAGUCAGAGUCAGAAGUUACAGGCUACCAACUGUCAUACAGGAGGCAGAGGCUCAAAGAGGUAUACACCCUCACUACAGCCAAUUCAACAGCAGAGCUGACCCUCCCCGAGGAAGAUGACGACUACAUCAUCCACAUUCAGACGCUGAGUGAAGGAGGGCUGGGCCCGGCCUCUGACCCAAUACGAAUCCACCAACUAAGUAUGAGUGCCCGCGGCUCGAGAGCCUGGAGUGCGGACACCUCCCCCCUCUCCCUGCUUCUGGCCAUUGCAAUAUCAACAUUCAGGUCAACGUCGUGACACAAUGACAAAGUCCGCUUUGUUUUUUCAACCUUCUUAAUGGUUUUAUUUUUCUUGAAUUUGUGAAAUUUGCUGAGGUUUUUUUUCUCUCUUAUUUUUGGAGGUGACCACAUACUAUUUUGCAGUGUUAGAUUGCGGGUAUGAGGCAGCACAAGAGUGGAGCAUGCUGUCAGGCACUUAUUAACAGUAAAUUCGCUUUUUUUUAAAACAAGGCUCCAUUUCAACACUUUUUUUUUUCUCGACUCUAGAGUGAUACAGAUGCCUUACCAUGUGCCAAAGUAGUUUCAGCCUUCUUGUUGUUGCUAAGAUAGCUACAUGCUUUCCUCAACAUUUUAUCCCUCACAGAUUCUUAUUGUUGAAGGUCUUAGUGUACCUUGCGGAAGGCCAUGAUGAGAAGUUGUAUUUUUGAAUAUUUUCAGUUUACCUCUCCACAUAUGAAUUGGCGACUAGGAACAUGUCCAUUCACCCGUGCCCGUGCCUUUGGAGAUUCUUGUAACGGCCUCACUUAUAGACAAUAGUCAGUGAUGCUCAGUGUUUCAGAACAUACUGCAGCCGCCUUCAUCUUAUGCGCUCCAUUAAAAGUUGUCCCAGAUGAAACUCGUAAAACAGCUCAGAGUGCCGGUGUAAGCCAUUUACCUUUUAUCAUUUGAUUGUGCAGAGCUGAAUGUGUACCGUGAGGGCUCGUACAGGUUUUAAUGCCUCAGACCAGUUAUUUUGAUGGCCCGCUGAUUGAUGGAUUGGACUUUACUCUGCACUCACGAAGAUUACAUCUGCCUGUAUACAGCAGUAGUAGGAGAGGUAUAUGACUGCCAGUGUAUUUCCGUUAACGCUAAUGCUGAAACAAUCACCAGGAAAUAAUCAACAACAAGUCAUUGGAGUCAUUUAUCAAGGAAAAAUGCACACCAUACCCAACAAGGUGUGAGUAUGAGUUCAAUCCAUUUGACGCCACGAAAUCCAACUCGGAGGGUAUUAUUCCACUUUAUACCAUGGCCACAUGCCAAACAACUGCUAUAGGUCUACAAAAUAAAGAUAUUAUGUAGUCAUUCAGUUCCUGAUAUCACCUGAUAACAACUAUUAAAAUCAGAAUAUUCAAACAAUCAUAAUAUAAUAAAUAUAUACAAUCCGCUUUACGACACAAGCAUAUUUCCCAUUCCAAGAAUAUUUUCACUGAUUGCACUCAAAUUGCAAAGCAACACGGUCAAUUCUUAAGAAUUCAAAACAGCAGUUAAAUACUUUUUGAGAGGUGAAUAGCUAUUCCUAAUUACUUUAACGAAAGUUUCACACAAAAAUCAAAUGUUCCAAGAUGUACCUAUUGGCUUUCAACCUCAAAUAUUUCAGCAAACAGUUUGGAUUAUCAUAAUUUAUGUUCUUUAACUGCAAUCCGACACCUUUGGUUGUGUCAACUGAACAAACUCAACUGAGGUAAACUUCAAUUUAUUUUGAAA